AUGUGGAAAAGAAGGGAAAAAAUAAUUAAAAAAGUAUUAUUAGACCAAUAUACGUACACAGAGUUACAGUUGUAUUUUAACAGAUUAUUUUAUAAGCUUAAAAGAUGGAAUAUAAGAAUGCAUCAUUUUAUAUGUAACAAUGAUUUUGAUCCCAAUUUGAUAGAUUUCACAAAAGAUUGUCAUCCAAAAAAUAUUAUUACUCUAAGAGUCCUGAAAAUAGAGGACGAGGAAGAAGAAUGUUCUGAUUUAAAUUAUUAUUACUACCAACAUUAUAGCGAUACUUUGUCCUUAGAAAAUAAUCAAAGUAUAACACCUUAUGAUAAGGAAGAUACAUCGAUAUAUGAAGCUAAUUUUUGGAAUAGCGAGGUAAUAGAUGAAACAAUGAAGGCCUUGAAAUCAAAAUCCGCAAAUAACUUGGUACAAAACGUGGCUUACAAAGAUGAAAUAUAUCAAGAUAAAGAAAAUUAUGACACAAGGUUAAACCAUUUUUUAUUAUUAAAUCUGAAAUAUAAAUUAAAAGAAAAUUUCCACAAGAUAAAAAUGCUUUCGCCUAGAAUUAGAGAUAUUUGUAUAAAUACUAAUAAUAAUAGAACACUUGCGGAGGAAGAGAGAGAGGCAAAACAAAAAAACAAACAAGUGUGUUUUAGGGAUGACUUAACUUUAAUGUUGAAUGAUGAUCCAACUUUCAAAAUGUUGACUAUCAUAUCAAAUAACCCAUUGACAACAAGAUUUGCAAACUUGGUUUCAUGA